GUCUCACCACGUUCCGUGCAUUGGCUGGAUUCCGGAACGCGCUUACUCGUUUCCUAUGAUUCUCAUGGUGUUGUCUGCUGGAAUGUAAGAAGUCAGGUAAUGGAAUGGCGACUGCCACUAAAGAGAGUUCGGAUUGGCAGAUCGUCGCUAUCCCGGGAUAAGAAAGUGUUCGUCGUGUCAAACCUUCAUGACGGUUUCGACAUGUACAGACUCAGCGACAAACGACCCCUUCGCACUUUCAAAACCAAGGCGUUGAUCAAUAUUUCCCUUCCUGUGUUGUUCAUCCACGACGGCAGAGCUGUCUUGACGGGUAGUGACACGGGGCGUGUCUCUAUCUACGACUGUGGCACCACACUGGUAAUGCAGGUUCUAGCACAC